UGCGUCAGGGAUUCCGUGUGACCUUGAAAUUCUUGCCCACGAACCGUCGCAUUUUUGUGCGCUGUCUUUGAGUCAUAGCGGAAUAUCCAUUUUGUCUCCCCUAGUGGAGGAAAGGCGGGUUUACAAUGACAAAUAAAAAAAUUAGGGAUGAGCGCCAUGUCUGAUCCCGUAACUGUUGGACUUAGAGAGGGAUAGAGGAGAGCCUAACGCUCGCGACUCGGGGGGUUCCUCUCUGGGCUGGGUUCACAGGAUGUCCGAGAGCGCCGGGGUUCAGCAGGGCUCCCCGGCCGUGGGGGCGGCCGGCUCGGCUCCAGCGGCUCCCGGUGCUGGAGGAACGGAGUGCUCCGGCGCCGCUGCGGGGUCCGCGCGAAUCGCCGUGAAGAAAGCGCAACUGCGCUCCUCUCCGCGUCCAAAGAAACUGGAGAAACUCGGGGUGUAUUCCGCCUGCAAGGCAGAGGGCGGUGGGUGUAAGUGCAAUGGAUGGAAGAGCCAGAACCCCCCGCCUACCCCCCCACGCACCGACCAGCACCCCGCCUCGGCGAGCCUGAGCGAGCCCUGCCGCAGCUGCAGCCACGCCCUGGCGGAUCAUGUGACCCACCUGGAGAACGUGUCGGAGGAGGAGGUGAACAGGCUGCUGGGCAUCGCUCUGGACGUGGAUUACCUGUACACCUGCGUGCACAAGGAGGAGGACGCAGACACCAAGCAGGUGUACUUCUCUCUGUUUAAGCUCCUGAGGAAGUGCAUCCUGCAGAAGGGGAAGCCCGUGGUGGAGGGGACCCUGGAGACCCCCCCGUUUGAGAAGCCUAGCAUCGAGCAGGGGGUUAAUAACUUCGUCCAGUACAAGUUCAGCCACCUGCCCUCCAAGGAGAGGCAGACAAUCGUGGAGCUGGCCAAGAUGUUUCUGAACCAGAUAAACUACUGGCAGCUGGAGACGCCAUCCCAGAGGAGGCAGAGACCGCCAGGGGACGAUGCUGCCGGAUAUAAAGUCAACUACACCAGGUGGCUGUGCUACUGCAACGUGCCGCAGUUCUGUGACAGUCUCCCGCGCUACGAGACCACGCAGAUCUUCGGCCGCACGCUGCUGCGCUCCGUCUUCACUGUGAUGAGGAAGCAGCUGCUGGACCAGGCGCGGCAGGAGAAGGACAAGCAGCCUCCUGAGAAACGCACGCUCAUUAUUACACACUUCCCCAAAUUCCUGUCCAUGCUGGAGGAGGAGGUGUACAGUCACAGCUCCCCCAUCUGGCGGGAGGAGUUCCUUGCAGGGUCAGGCAGUGGGCAGAUGCACGCGGUGGUGAGUGCGCCCCCGGUGGUCAGACCGCUGCCCUACAGCAGCAGCCCUGCCACCGCGGAUCCGUCCGGGAGCGGCAGCGCCAGCCCGGUGCGCAAACCAGCGUCCUCGCUGGAGCCCAGCCCAGCAGGAGAGAAGCGGAAGGCUCCGGAAGCUCUCUCGCAGGAAGAGAGCAAGAGGCCGAGAGUGAUGGGGGACAUCCCCAUGGAGCUGAUCAACGAGGUCAUGUCCACCAUCACUGACCCCGCCUCCAUGCUGGGACCAGAGGCCAGUCUGCACUCAGCGCGGGACGAGGCCGCGCGGCUGGAGGAGAACAGGGGGGUGAUAGAGUUCCAUGUCAUCGGGAACUCGCUCAAUCAGAAGCCCAAUAAGAAGAUGAUGAUGUGGCUGGUGGGGCUGCAGAAUGUCUUCUCCCACCAGCUGCCCCGCAUGCCCAAACAGUACAUCACCAGGCUGGUGUUCGACCCGAAACACAAGACGCUGUCGUUGAUCAAAGAUGGGCGGGUGAUUGGAGGAAUCUGCUUCCGGAUGUUUCCGUCCCAGGGAUUCACUGAGAUCGUCUUCUGCGCAGUCACCUCCAACGAGCAGGUCAAGGGCUAUGGCACUCACCUGAUGAACCACCUGAAAGAAUACCACAUCAAACACGACAUCCUCAACUUCCUCACCUACGCAGACGAGUACGCCAUCGGCUACUUCAAGAAACAGGGUUUCUCCAAAGACAUAAAGGUUCCUAAAGCCAAGUAUGUCGGCUACAUAAAGGACUAUGAAGGAGCCACACUAAUGGGCUGUGAGCUGAAUCCCAGCAUCCCGUACACCGAGUUCUCCGUCAUCAUCAAGAAACAGAAGGAGAUCAUUAAGAAGCUGAUUGAGAGGAAGCAGGCUCAGAUUCGGAAGGUGUACCCCGGUCUCUCCUGUUUUAAGGAGGGUGUUCGGCAGAUCCCCAUCGAGAGCAUCCCGGGCAUACGAGAAACUGGCUGGAAACCUGCUGGAAAAGGGAAGGAGCUGAAGGACCCAGACCAGCUUUACGCCAUGCUGAAGAGCAUCCUGCAGCAGGUCAAGGGUCAUCAGAAUGCGUGGCCAUUCAUGGAGCCCGUGAAAAAAACAGAAGCUCCGGGGUACUACCAGGUUAUCCGAUUCCCCAUGGACCUGAAGACGAUGAGCGAACGGCUGAAGAGCCGGUACUACACCACCAGGAAGCUGUUCAUGGCCGACAUGCAGCGCAUCUUCACCAACUGCCGCGAAUACAACCCCCCCGAAAGCAAGUACUACAAGUGCGCCAACCUGCUGGAGAAGUUCUUCUACACCAAGAUCAAGGAGGCUGGACUGAUCGAAAAGUAACGGGGGCCUCCAAGCGUGGCUCGAACUCAGAACCUGGAGCUGGAACCGGAAACAGAACCGGAAACAGAACCGGAACCAGAACCAGAACCGGAGCUGCAGAGUUUACCUGCUUCAGCUGUUUUUCCUUCUUGUUUUGAGGAAUGGGUGUGGAACACAGAUCCAGUGUGGGGCAGGAGCAUUGGAGUGCGCCAUCUUCUCUCUCUCUCUCUCUCUCUCUCUCUCUCUCUUUCAUUCUCUUUCUUUUUCUCUCUUUCUCUGUCCACUAACUCAGGAAAAAAACAAACGCAAGCCCACAGAUUCACAGGCCAGCUGAUCCAGUGGGGUUCAGGAUGUUGGUCCGGCGUAGUGCUGAUCCCCUCAGCGGGGGGUUCCAGCGCCCAAAAACACUCGGCCCGUCCUAACCGCUAUCACCGUGGAAACGGAACUCAGUGGUCCGUAGUACAGUGUGUGCGUGUGUGUAUGUGUGUGUGCGUACGUGUGUGUGUGUGUGUGUGUGUGCGUACGUGUGUGUGUGUAUGUGUGUGUGCGUGUCCAAGAAAUAUGGUGUCCCAGAAUUCUUCAGUGUUUACAGGUCAAAGGUCAUGUGUUGGUUUAUCAGAGUUCCACCUGCCAAAAAAGAGGAUAUUUUAAACAGGUCUGCCUGGAAAGAAUUUCAAAAGAAAAAACGAGCAGCUCUUAUCUUCUUGUUUCCGAUGGUUUAAUUUCAUUUUGUUUGUAACUGACGUUUUUUGAAAAACACUUUUGCCCCAUAAUCUCAUAUUUCUGAAUAAGCAAAGGCCUGUCUGCAACAGGUAGAUGAAUUGCACUUAUCAUAACGGCAAAUAUGCAGCAAAAAUAGUAAAUAAUAGCAUUUUCUUUGAAAAAAAAACAACUAAUGCACGCUUUGCCUAUUAAUUUAAUUAUGUAGAGUAUAAUUAUUUAUGUGCCGUAAUUUUUCAAGGUUUGUCAGUAUAAUGUCCAGAAAAGGUCUUAAUUUAUUCUGUCUUAUUGUCUACCCUGCAGAAGAAUACUGAUACGUUUGUAUUUUGAAAAAAAAAAAGAUUGUGCAAUGAUUAGUAGUUUUGUCGUUUUGUAUGUUUGUACUUUUAAAUAUUUAGGAAUAUAUGGCUUUUGUAUUAUGUGGAAAAAAGAUAUUUUAAGACCUUUCUACAUUUGGUUCUAAAGGGUAUAGCAUAUUUUAUAGAAUGAUUAAAAUAGACCAAGCGCAGCA